AUGUUCUUAUCUCGGGUUGCUAAAUCGUCAAGCAGGGCUAUGGGGAUCUCCUGCCGCGGAUUCGCAUCUGCUCGCCCACUAUCCAGAGAAUAUCAAAACAUUUUGGUUUCUCGACCAAAGCCUAACGUGACUCUACUGACACUCAACCGCCCGAAAGCUCUGAACGCACUUAGCACUCCAUUGUUUGAAGAGAUCAACGAGGUCUUAGAUCAAGUCGAGAAAGAUGAAGAAGUUGGAGCAUUGGUCGUGACGGGCAGCGAAAAGGCCUUCGCAGCCGGUGCGGAUAUCAAAGAAAUGAAGGACAAACAAUGUGUCACGGAUGUAUACAAAACCAAUUUUCUUGGAGACUGGACAAGGAUCACCUCGUUUCCUAAACCAGUGAUCGCAGCAGUUAGUGGAUUUGCGCUUGGUGGUGGAUGUGAACUCGCAAUGAUGUGCGAUAUUAUCCUUGCCUCCCCGACGGCCCGGUUUGGCCAACCUGAGAUUAAGCUUGGCGUCAUUCCAGGGGCUGGGGGUACUCAGCGAUUGACCCAUGCUAUCGGAAGCGGAAAAAUGGGGUCUUGUCUCAGGAUCAUUGAAGGCGAUCUGGUUGAGGAGGCGGUCUCGAUGGCAAGCACGAUUGCUGGGUUUGGUAGGGUUGCCGUACAAGCUGGCAAAGAAAGUGUGAAUGCGGCAUAUGAGCUUUCGCUUAAAGACGGUUUGCACUUUGAACGUCGGCUCUUCCAAAGUUUAUUCGCUACGCGGGAUCAAAAAGAGGGUAUGUGGAAAGAUUCGAUUACUACUGCACGUAAAGAGGCACUCGGACUGCGAGAGGCUUUUAGUGGUGGCACAUUCCAACUUCUCAACCCGUUCUCCUGGGGCGUAUUGGCUUUAGUCGCACAGCCAAUUCUAUGGCGCAAAGAACGCCGGCGUGACUCAUAG